CCGUUUAAUUAGAUACAAGCUUGCAGCUGAGUCACUGGCAAUGGUUAGCGUUUUCUUCGCGAACAUACUAGUUUCACCUCCGAAUUCUUCCAGGGCUGCACGAAUUGCAGCGAGCUCGGCGCGUGUAAUAGUGUUAGUGCAGCCAAAUCCAUUUGGGUUUACGUAGACAACACGGUCUUUAUGCCAAGCACAAGCCCCAGCCACUUGUAGUUCUCUACCGGUUUCAGUCGUUGUCUUGGAUACCGAGCCAUCGGUCCAUACAAUUUCCUCGGGGUUGUGGGCCAGCGGCAGUGUACGUUGGAAUUGUGUCCGAUUCAACCUCGGUGUCGCUGGAGCUUCGUCAGGCGUGACCAUAGUGGCAAUGUUCAGGGGCACGUCAGUGCCGAGUCCAGGCUCCAUCCCAGCUGUGCCUGGGGAGUCCAGUUCUCCGUUCGUCCAGGUGGCGAGUCGGCGGCAGAGCGGGCUGCGCACAACGGCUCGGACGGUUGCCGAGGGGAGGGACGUCUGGUGCUGUGGUGCCGUCUUAUGAUCAGUUUGCCCCGGGUCGCGCCGGUAUCGGUGCAGCAGGGCAGCCACCGCCUCCUCGAAGGCCUUGGUCCGGUUGUUGUUGGUCCGGUUGAAGCUUUCCCAGAGCGUUUGAAGGCGUGCGUAGGAGACGAGUCGACCUCGAUGAAAAGAGGGCCGCACGUGGGGCAUGUGUUGUCUCGAGUGGCCCGGGCGCAGGAUGGCCGCCAGCUCCUGGCCAUCAUUAUCCAGGUCGUAGGUGCUGCGGCGUCGACGUCCAUUGGGUCCUCAGCGGCGGCCGCGGCUGGCUGCCCUUGGUGGAGGUAGGUUUGCACGGCGCCAGUAGACGGCAUGGUCGCAUUCGCAGUGAGCAGAGUGGUUAUUGCGGGGGCCAGGGGCCGUUGCGUGCGGGUAACCGGGGUUCGGUUAUUGAAUGAAGGGGGGUCCCUUGAGUGGGGCUUGCAGAGGUGGUUGUGCCUGCUCAUGUCUUUUGCCAGGGCCGUGAACACUGAACGUGCCGUUUCGUACCCACGUGUGCCAACGGCCAGGCUUUCGUCUCCAUUUGUGAGGCGCAUAGCCGUGCUGAUUGCGGCUUUAUCACCGGUGAGCAGGUCGUCGGGUGUUGUGCGCGUGUUUUCUGCAAUGCGGGCCUUUUGGGCAGCGUGUUUCGUGACGCGGCGGGAGUGGGCAGUUGGGUGUGUGGGAGUGCGCAUGACGGGCGUCUUCCGUGGCCGUGUCCGCAGGUUGGCUUCGGGUUGGGCGACGGGAGCUGCGGCAUCCGCGGCUGGGGCAGGAAUUGGGGCCAUCUGCCCCAAGGCAGUUGGCGUGUAUUGCAAGGGCGGGUUGUGAUAGAGUGGGCUGGCUUCUUCAAUGUCCAUUUGGGUUGUUGUGCUUGGGGCUAGGGUGAGGGGCUGUGGGGCGGGGCCUCCCGUCAUGAGUGCGGUGAGGGGUGGUGCCAUGCCCGGGGGUCGAGGGUCGUUCCGUGCGGAGAGGGCCUGGAGUUCUUCCAGGGGUGGGAUCACACGCUGGGUAGGCGGAAGCGGGUUCGGGCUCCCGUGUUUUUCCGGUGGCAUUUGGUCUCCGUCCAAUCCCGCCGUGGCAACCAGGGCCAGACUCAGCCUGUUGAGCGCAACUUUGUGUUUGUGGCGGACCCUGCUUGCCCCCAGGAGUUUCUCGAGCUCCCGGGUGCUAAUCAGAUGGCGGCUCGUAUUGCGGUCGACCAGGUGGCUGAAUUCGAGCUGGAGUUCCGCUAGCGGGAGCACGUGUUCGACAGGGAGGGGUGCUGCCGCGCGCGCUGCAGCUGCGGCGUCCAGGGCCUCGACAAUUGACCAGGUAGGGGUGGUAUACGGUGUGCCCUUGUAGAAGAGCUGUAUACCAUGCUCACGAGCGAGGGUCAUCUGUUGCAGAGUUGUGAAGAAGCGCCCUCUGUCUGCAGGUAGGUGGUGUGCGAGGCUCGUACCCGCCAGGCUAUGCUGCCGUGGCAGGAGGGCACGGGUAACCACGCCCAGUCGGCCUGUGUCGUUUAGAGCAAGGACAAGCGCGCGGUUGGCCACACGCGCGUACUGGGGUAAGAGUGAGCCCAGUCCUAGGCCAUAUUCAUCGAUUGGGAGAAGGGUGGUACGGGUAGGGAAGCUGCGUGGCAGCCCAUAGCACCGUUUUGCGUAUCCGGCCAGUGCAGCGUCAAAGUUUGCGAUAUCCUGUUUCGUGUAUGGCAUCGCAGCAAAUGCAUAGGCGAUUGAGGUGUGGACGCAUUGCUGCAGCAUGCGUAGGCGUUGUGCCGGCGUGGCCAGUGACGUGGCUAUGGCCGUGCCCUUUUCUUUCACAGUUUCCGUGACGUGGGAGACUUGCGCCUUCCAGUCUAGUGAGAAGGUGAGUUGCACCCCCAGGUAUUUGUAGGGUUUUGUGGGCGGGUAGUACGGUACAGUGGUGUUACCAAUUCGUAGCUUGUUAGUCAGUUCACGGUGCAUCGCGUUCAGCGUGGCUUGGCCGGCGGGUCCGUCAAGGGUUGGGGUGGACCGGGACUUGUUGUGCCAGAUGGCGGUAGUUGCGCACUUGGUGUGAUUGACUCGCAGGCUUGCCCAGUCUGCAUAGCCCGAGAUUUUGUCACAUUGGAUCUGCAGGUCUUCCAGCGUUGUGGUCAGGGCCGCCAAGUCGUCAGCGUACGCGGCGGCGCUGCAGUGGUACCGUGCAUUGUCUUCCGGGCUGAGGCAUCCGUAGCGGUAGCCCCGCCCACCUGCGUGGAGCCACCGCACAAGCGGUUCCAUGAACAAGAUAAACAGUACAGGUGACAGGGUGUCACCUUGCACCGUGCCACGUUCUAUUGGGAUGGCGGAUGUGCAUCCAUGUUCAGUACGAAUGCGGGUGGUGGCAUGCGCGUAUAGGUUGCGGACUGCGCGUAUCAGGUCGUCAGGCAGGCCCAGAUCGAACAUAAUCUGGAGUAGCCUGUCCUGAUCGAUUGUGUUAAACGCAGAGCUGUAGUCAACAUAUACUGCGUAUACGUCUUUCCCAUACAGGGCAGCGUCCUCCAGUACAUGCACAAGGUUUAGUAUCUGCCGUUCCGUGUUGCAGUAGGCCCGGAAGCCCUCCUGUGAUUCGCUGAACAGCUGGAGUGGGCCUGCCAGUUCGCCGAUGCCCAGGGUGAGCAUAGAAGUGUACAGUUUAUAGCAAGUGUUGGCUAGAGCGAUGGGCCUCUUGUUCUUGAUGUCAAGAGCGUCCCCAGGUUUUGGGAGCAGGACCGUGUCCGAAGUGGCCCAGGACUCCGGGAUUGUGGACUUGACGUACAUGAUCUUCAGUGUGUUGUGUAGGGCUCGCUUCAUGCCGUGAGGCAAGAUGCGGAGCAGCUCGUUCGGAAUGCUGUCUGGGCCCGUGGCUUUGUUACGAGAGAGGUGGGCGAUACAGUGGUCGAAGUUGGCGGGGUCUGCCAUGCUAGAAAGCAUGGAGUGUGCUUCCGGGUGCCUGUUACGCUCAAGCGUAAAGGCAUCCGUAGCGUUAGGUAGUUCGAACGGGUACCCACGCAUUGCGCCAGGCGACAGGCGAUAUUCACCUGUGCGGGGCCCUCGUGGGGGGGCUGACAGUUUGCGGAAGUGGCCUUCCAGGGCGGUUAGAAUGCUGGGAGGGUCGGUUACCACCUCGCCUGUUUCAGGGUUGCGGACCGCGGGGAGGCCACGUUCGGUUGCUUCUUUCUGAAAGAUGCGUUUGUGCCCUUGUGCAGGCCU